AUGUCUUGUUGUAUACCUAAUUGUCCUUCAUAUGACAAAUAUGCAAAGAUUAGUUCCUACAAAGUUCCAUUGAAUAUUGUCUUACGGUCUGAAUGGGAGAAUGUCUUGGGUAUUCCUUUAACUAAUUAUGCUCGUGUUUGUGUGUGUCUAAAAAGACCUAGAMUUAGAGAUGGAGCUAUUCCAGUGAAUUUAUAUGUUGUUAACAAUAAUGAGUCAAAUAUUUUGACAAAAUUGGGUUGUGGUCGUAUUGGAGCUGUAUCAUUUUCUCCUAAAACUGAUUUUUUAGAAGAUGCACAUUACUUGGCUUCUAUAGAUGAAGUUAAUAUUUAUAUCUGGAAAGUAAAAAGCAUGGUCUGUGAUCACAUACAUUCAUUUGGAAAUAAAAAAAGUAAAAACAUAACUCUAUUGGACGUUACAUGGUUAUAUGGAUGUUUAACCGUUGUAGCUUUGUCAGAUGCUGGGACUUUACACAAGUGGGAUAUUCAAGCAUUAACAAUGCGUAAUUAUACGUUAGAUAUUAAAGCCUCUCCUUUAACAUUAGCAGCUUGUCCUCAUAAAAAAAAUUUAGUUGCUAUAGGAUGUAAAAAUGGUCAUCUAUUUGUGUAUGACUUAACUGGUGAUGGUCAACUAUUACACAAAUUGCAUUAUCACGAAAGAAAUAUAAAUUCAUUGGCUUGGUGUCCAGUUCCUUAUAGUCCAUUAAAUACUACUGAUCAAUCUACUGAACCUUUAUUACUAGCAUCAAUAGCCUGUGAUAGAACUGGCUUAUGUAUAAGUCGUGCUGGCUUAGAUAUGUUUAAUGAAACUACAGUUGCAUUACCUAUGAGACCAAUGAGAAAAACUACUUUUAGGAAUAAAAAUAAUUUAAUUUGGAGUUGUGUUAAAUGGAUAAAACCCACAAUUCUUAUUGUUACAUCUGGUUUUGGAGAAAUUAUUAAAGUAGAAAUUAGACCAGAUAUGGUAUCUGGGCCAAUAGUGUCUUUGAUUAGUGAUUCCCACAAGGAUAUAAUWUUUUCUAUAGCAUGUCCUCGAGAAUCGACUAAAUUAUAUUUAUGGUCCUCAUGUAUGGGUAGAAAAUUAAUUCGAACUCCCUUACUAAGGAGUAAAGAAGAAAUUUCUGAAUUACCAUUGGAAGUACCAACACUUGGUGGUUUUGUUUAUUGCUUUUCACUUUCCCCAGUAAAUUCAGCUGACUUUGCAUUUGGUCUUGGCGAUGGAAGAAUUUAUUACUGGAAUGUAUCCAAUAAACGUCAAUUAGAACUAAUUACCUUAAGUCAGUCCGUAGACUCAAAAGUGUUAGCUUUAGCAUUUCAUCCACAAGACGAAGGUUUAUUAGCAUAUGCUACAGGUGAUGGACGUGUUGGAAUUUUUAAUUUAACAAGAAAACGGAAUAAUAAUAAUUUAUUAAAAACUGUACUUGCUAAUCCAAUUUACCGGUUAUGUUGGGCACCAUUUCCAAAUACAAAGAUGAUUAAAGAUGCAAAACUGGCUCUAUAUGCAGUUGGUAAUGGGCAAAUUGUAAUCUAUAAUGACAUGAGUCUUGUAUGGAAUGUAGAAAAAUGUACACUUAUUGGAGUUUAUUCAAAACAUUUAUCUACUGUAUUGUGUGGAAUAUUCUCACCUUGUGAUGCUGAUAUAGUAUUUACUGGCUCUGCUGAUCACUCCAUCCAUUCAUGGCGAUUAUCAAAAGAUUUACACAAUUACACAACAGAAUUCAAAAAAAAUCAAGAUACUCCUAAUAUUGUUAAAGAAAAAAUUGUUACAAAAGUUGCAGACAAUUCUAAAAUUGGUAUUUAUUUAUAUUUAAACAUGUGGACCAGUGUUCAUGAAGCAAUGUAUGAGUUAGAUCCCAAAGUAACUCAAAAUAUAUUUAGAAACUGGAUUUGCGCUACACCAAACAAGGAAAAUUCUUCAAUUUUAAAUUAUAUUUUGGAACAUGUAGAGUAUAAACCAGAUUAUUAUGACAAAUUACUAAAAAUAGUAGGGUCAGAAUUCAUUUCUGAUGCUUCACAUUUGAUGCCAAUGAUCACUGUAUUCAUAGCUGGCCAGUUCUGUUUAAUAGCCUUGCAGUAUCAAAAAACUGGAUUAUUCACUGUAGAUUCUCAAAAGCGUUUAAUAAAAUGUUUUGCACUUGCAUAUAAUUAUGAAACAGUGUAUACAGAUUCCAACUCAAAAUUUAAUAAAAUCCUUUCAAGAUUAAUAAUGUGGAUUUUUCCUAAAGGACCUUUAACAUUGGAUUCAUAUGCAUAUUUUGAAUUGAACGACAACUUGAUAAAAUCCAUCCGAGCUUAUUUAUGUUAUACUUGUUUUUCAUGGUUAAAACCUUUGUAUACUAGUAUAAACAAAAAACUUAGCUUGCCAGUUGAUGAAGAUUUUAAAGACAAAGAAAAAUAUUUUACUGAAAUUAUUAUUUUAACUCAUCAAUUUCAACAGUUACUUAACAAUUAUAUCCAUGAUAUAAUGGACUUAGCAACUUCAAACUACUUUAAAGCUAAAAAAGAAAUUGAACGCAUAAAUCAGUUACUGACUACUAGCUCUUCUGAAGUUAGCAUUGAUGGAACAAUAAAUGAAGAGCUAAUUGGAUGUCUGAAGUCAAUAAAAAGUGAAGUUGAAAAUAAGAAUACUAAGAWUUUAGAUGGUAAAGUGAUAUCGUCAGAAACCAAUGAAUUUAUAUGUAUGAAAUCUUUUACUGAAAAUAUGAAAGAAUGCAAUAUUGACAAUAUUACUGACUGUAACAAGUUAGAACAAGAAGAAUCAAAUGAUUGCUGUAUGUCAAUCCAAAAUAAGGAAAUAAAUAAUUUACAAUUUGAUAAUAAUGCUAAUACAGAUUGUGAUAUUGUUAGUACAAAUGAUAACUCAACAAAAAUACAUGAAAUACAUUUGGCAAAAAACAAUUSUUUUGAAAAUACAAAUGAUUUGCUGGUUAUGGAAAGAGAAAAAUGUAAAGCGGAGGUAUACCAAUUUUAUCAAAAUCUUAAAACAGAGAUAGAAAAAUUUAAUUUAAUUGAACCUGAAUCGCCUAUUAAGUAUAUUGCCCAUUUAGAAAUUGAAGCUUCUAAGAAAAAAGAACUUGAACAAAUUGUGGCAGAAUUUGAAAAUAAACGGAUAGAUUCUCCUAAUCCAUUUUCAUUUAUAGCAGAGUUGAAAACAUUUAUCUAUGAUCUUGAAGUCAACUUUUAAUAUGAUACUGAUGGUAUCACUUGCCUUAAAAAAAAGUGA